AUGGAGGAAAGCAACAACAGUUCUGAAAAGGGAUUUCUUCUCCUGGGAUUUGCAGAUGAGCCCCAACUAGAAAGGAUCCUUUUUGUCAUAAUUUUACUUUUCUACAUCUUGAACAUCCUGGGGAACACUGCCAUCAUUUUGGUGUCUUGUUUAGCCACCAAACUCCACACUCCAAUGUACUUUUUCCUCAGCAAUCUCUCUUGUGUGGACAUCUGCUUUGCCACAAGUGUUGUUCCACAGUUGCUGGUUACCAUGAGUAAGAAAAAAAAAAAAAACAUGAGCUACAGUGGAUGUGUCACCCAACUCUAUGUGGCCAUGGGGUUGGGCUCCUCUGAGUGUAUUCUCCUUGCAGUCAUGGCUUAUGACCGAUAUGCUGCUGUCUGCCGACCUCUGCAAUACACAACUAUAAUGCAUCCUCAGUUCUGUGCAUCUCUGGCCAGCAUAGCAUGGCUCAGUGGACUCAUCACCUCCUUAAUUCAGUGUUCCCUUACUGUGCAGCUGCCCCUUUGUGGUCAUCGCAAACUGGACCACAUUUUCUGUGAGGUUCCUGUGCUCAUUAAACUGGCCUGCGUGGACACAACUUUCAAUGAAGUAGAACUCUUUGUGGUUAGUGUUAUUUUUCUAAUUGUCCCUGUGUCACUCAUCUUAGUCUCCUAUGGCUUUAUAACAAAAGCUGUGCUGAGGAUAAAAUCAGCAGUAGGGUGCCAGAAGGCUUUUGGGACUUGUUCUUCCCACCUGAUUCUCUAUUUUCAACUGUUUGUGGUCAUUAUUUUUUAUGGAACCAUCAUCUUUAUGUACCUUCAACCAGCCAAAAGUGGCUCAAAAAAACAGGGAAAAUUUGUCUCUCUUUUCUACACGACAGUCACCCCAGUCUUAAACCCCAUUAUCUAUACUCUGAGAAACAAAGAUGUGAAAGGGUCCUUGAGAACACUGGUAAUUAGAAAUGUUCUUGUUUCAGAAAAUAUAUGA